AUGGUCAAUGCUCGCAAUCCCGGUCAGCUCUCGCGUAAAGUACGCAUCAGCAUCGUGGCGGCUGAUGGUUUGGCAAAGCGCGACGUCUUUCGCUUGCCCGACCCCUUUGCCAUUGUCACUGUUGAUGGAGAGCAGACGCAUACAACUUCUGUCAUCAAGAAGACCUUAAACCCUUACUGGAACGACUCCUUUGAUAUAACCGUCUCCGACUCCUCUGUCAUUGCAGUGCAAAUCUUCGACCAAAAGAAGUUCAAGAAGAGGGAUCAAGGCUUCUUGGGCGUCAUCAACGUUCGUGUCGCAGAUGUGAUUGAUCUUGAAUUGGGCGGAAAGGGUGACUUUGCCCUGUACUUCGCGACUACAGUGCUCCUGACUCGAGAGCUCAAGAAGUCAAAUGACAACCUCGUCGUGCACGGCAAGCUCAUCAUCGAUCUCAAUACCAACGUGUCCGCGCCUUUGCCCAAUCGACCCGCGAACGCCCCCGCGGCAUCGGAGGCCCCAGACGCUUCGGCUUCAUCCUCAUCUCUAGCGUCUGGCGCUCAGACUGGCUCGGCAGUACCUGCCAGUGCAGGUGCCCAGUCUUCAGACUCCACCGUAGCAGACGACAGCGUCUCCAGUCGAGCAGCAGCAGCUACUGGAGGCGCUGGCGCCGGGGCAGGAACUGCAGCUACUUCAUCUGCAUCCGGCCCAGCCACCGUUGCACGCAAUGCCAGUGGCACCAGUGGCUCUGCGUCUCGUGCCAACGACGCGCGGUCGGAUGAGCACGGUCCCCUGCCCACCGGCUGGGAACGUCGCACUGAUCAUCUCGGACGAACAUACUACGUCGACCAUAACUCCCGUUCCACAACCUGGAAUCGUCCCACAGCUGCCACCAGUGCCAAUCAGGCCGUAACAACGGCUGCCGACAGGCAGCGUCACAACAACCGAGCGUUGCCAGAUGAGGUUCUUGGUGUGGAAGGCGGUCGAACAGUCAGUAGCAGCAACGUGGGCGGCUCAUCGUCAGUCGGCACUCCGACUGGUACCUCUACCCCGAAUGGUGGUGCAGGCGCUGGUGGAGCUGCUGCAAAUCAGGCAAUCCCCACUGGGCAAGCCACUACUGGCGCUGUAGGACCUCUGCCGUCGGGAUGGGAACAGCGAAACACGCCAGAAGGGCGUCCCUACUUUGUCGACCACAAUUCGCGCACCACCACCUGGGUCGAUCCUCGUCGCCAGCAGAUCCUGCGCAUCAUGGGCCCCAACGGCAACAACCUAACGGUACAGCCACAGAGUGUGUCUCAGCUGGGUCCUCUUCCCAGCGGAUGGGAGAUGCGCCUCACCUCGACUGCGCGGGUGUACUUUGUGGACCACAACACGAAGACGACCACAUGGGACGACCCUCGUCUGCCCUCUUCCCUCGAUCAGAAUGUGCCUCAGUACAAGCGCGACUUCCGACGAAAGCUCAUCUACUUCCGUUCGCAACCUGCGCUGCGUCCCAUUCCUGGCCAGUGCCACAUCAAGGUGCGACGUACGCACAUCUUCGAGGACUCGUACGCGGAGAUUAUGCGUCAGCAGCCUGCUGACCUCAAGAAGCGUCUGAUGAUCAAGUUCGACGGAGAAGACGGUCUUGACUACGGAGGAGUCUCGCGAGAGUUCUUCUUCCUGUUGAGUCACGAGAUGUUCAACCCCUUCUAUUGUCUGUUCGAGUACUCGGCGCACGACAACUACACGCUGCAGAUCAACCCCCACUCGGGUAUCAAUCCUGAGCAUCUGAACUACUUCAAGUUCAUUGGUCGAAUCUUGGGUCUGGCCAUCUUCCACCGACGCUUCUUGGAUGCUUACUUCAUCGUGUCUUUCUACAAGAUGAUCUUGAAGAAGAAGAUUACCCUGUCCGACAUGGAGUCGGUGGAUGCAGACUACCACAGGUCGCUGCAAUGGAUUCUGGACAAUCCAAUCGAGGACGUUGUCGACGAGACAUUCACUGCCGUCGAGGACAAGUUCGGUGAGAUGGUCACCGUUGAGCUGAAGCCUGGAGGAGAAGAGAUUCCAGUGACGGACAAGAACAAGGCCGACUAUGUAGAGCUGAUGACAGAGUGGAGAAUCAGCAAGCGUGUCGAGGAGCAGUUCAAGGCGUUCCAGAGCGGUUUCACCGAGCUGAUUCCUCAAGAUCUGGUCAAUGUAUUUGACGAGCGAGAGCUGGAGCUGCUCAUUGGCGGAAUGUCUGAAAUUGACGUGGAUGACUGGAAGCGCUUCACCGACUACCGAGGCUUCACUGAGCAGGACGAAGUUGUGCAAUGGUUCUGGAAGGUGGUGCGAGCCUUCCCACCGGAGCGCAAGUCUCGUCUGCUGCAGUUCACCACUGGCACGUCUAGAAUCCCCGUCAAUGGCUUCAAGGAUCUGCAAGGUUCCGACGGUCCUAGGAGGUUCACGAUUGAAAAGGCAGGAGACCCUAGCCAGCUGCCAAAGAGUCACACUUGCUUCAACCGCUUGGACCUGCCACCCUACAUCUCCGAGGAGCAGCUAGAGCAGAAGUUGAUUAUUGCCGUGGAGGAGACGGUCGGAUUUGGACAGGAGUAA